AUGAAUAACCCCAGAAACGGCUAUUCUUCUUCUGUUCCAAAUCAACCCGAUAGUUAUGACUCCGGUACACGAUCCUCGGGUUGGCGAGUUCCUGCUUUCUCUUCCCGGAACGCUUGGUCCAGAAGUGAUUCAAUGGUUAACAGGCGUAUGCUCGAUGAUCCUCCAGCUCGUUACCCAAGAACAGCGGUUUCAUCAACCAUAAAUUCACAUACUCCGCAACAGUUACCAAUCCGUACCAACAACAACGUACGAAGACAGCACCUCGAGGCACUAAGGCAAGCCGUUCACUUCCAACAAACAGCUAGACCCGAGAGAAACUCAAGUUCAACAUCACAAGCCACAGAAGAAGACGAAGUCCUGAAACAUCUAACAAAAGAAACAUAUAACCCGGUCCCAAAAAGCCUGCUUCUCAGAAACCUAAGCUUGUACUACAGAAACAAAACCCCGGGAAGCGAAAACUCGAGAAACCCUCGAAAUAUCUCCGGUGACGAAGAAGAAGAUAAGAAAUGCACUGUGUGUUUAGAAGACUUUGAGCCCAAGGAAACAGUAAUGCUUACUCCUUGCAAACAUAUGUUUCAUGAGGAAUGUAUAGUUCCAUGGUUAAAGACCAAAGGACAAUGCCCUGUCUGUAGAUUCGUCGUUCUCAAGCCGACAAAACGAGACUCUUCUCCCAUUAUAAGCUCAACUCUCGCCGGAGGAGACAUGGGAGUGAACGAUCUUUUCACAUUAGAGCUUAUCUCUGUGGUACGAGCAAUGGAAGAAGCUUUCCUUUUUGGUUAUCCUCGUCGCUUCUAA